AAACCCCGGGCGCGGCGGAACAGGUGUCUCGGGGUCAAAGCCGGGCUGGGGUCGUCCGGUCUCCUGAGGAAGGCGCGAGGACUUCCCGCUCCCGGAGCCUUAGCGAUCUGCCACAGCGUUCGGCUGCGUACCCGGCCUCAAUUUUGUGGACAUGUAUCCUCCUCUUCGUCGUGGGUCCUUCCCUUGUGCCCGCUCGCGCCCCUCUUCUGCUCGCGCGCUGCCUGGCGGCGCGGCGGGGCGCGCAGUGCGCCCGGGCCGGACCACUUAGCGGUCCUGCCCCGCCGGGCCCUCCCAGUCCUUCCUCCCGGGCCCUCCCCGCCCCGCCGCAGACCUGUGGGUCCCGCCGGACUGGGCGCCCAGGUGUUGGGCACCUUCGCCGGGGAGCCACUCGGCUGCCGCGCCGCCUGAGCGCCCAGCGAGCGGGCUCCUUCCAGAAGUGCCUGGACCUUGCUUGGGUCUAGCUUGGAUCAUCAGGUUUGUCUGUAGCUGAUAUAUUUCUUUAAGUUUCCCUGCCGCAGAGUGAAGCAGAUACGUGUGUGUUGGGGCAUUCGAGGCAUGGAAGAGGAAGAAAGGCAUUAAAUUUUUUUUUUUUUUUGCUUCUGCACCCCAUUUUCCCCCAACAAAUUGUGAUGGGAUUAGUAGGUGUUGACAAGUUGUCCAUUUGCUUUGAAUUUUGCUCUUAAAAGAUGACCAUAGUUUAGCGCUGUGGAUUUAUUCUUUCCUAGCCCUUACCGUCUCCCCACCCCCCACCACCCCGCAUUUAAAGCAAACAACAAUAUCAGCAACAAAAAACCCACACAUCCUGGAAAAAUUCUCAAGAUUUCUAACCUAGUUCUCUAUAUCCAUUGUACAUAUUACUGUAUUUCCUUUUAACGCUUUUGUAAGAUAGAAAACUAUUGUGCUAACCAUGGAUUGAUUUCAUUAUGAAUUUAAAAGUUAUAAAUUUAGAACCAUAAUGAAUCAAUGAAGAAUUGGCCAAUGUGUAAGGGAGAGAAAUAUGUUAACUUACUAAAAGUUGGGCAUAGAACAUAGCUCUGCCAGGAAAAAGUGCGCAUAAUUUCAAGUUGCUUGAUUCUGGUGUGAGUUUGGGAGGUUGGAAUCCGAGUUUUUAGAAGGUAUUUAGAUGACAGCUUUUCACCCUCUUAGGUAAAUGGCAGUUGAGCUUAAUGCCCAUGAUGCUGUAUGUUCUAAAUAUUGUAUAUAGUAAACUAUACUUUCUACUAGUCUUUAUAUAUAGAUGUACAGUUUAAGUGAAUAUAAAGUUUCAAGUUAGCAAACAGUUAACUCUUCACCUUAUGGUAAGUGAAACAAUGACUUAGUAAGGAAAGUAUGACAUUUAAAAUUCUUCAUAAAGAGAAUAAUUUUUCAGUAUUAGUGGAGAACUACUAAAUGCCUCUCAAAUUUGCCUGGAAUGUGUUUUUUUUUUUUUGUAUCUUCCUACUUAGGAUUAAGCAUUUUAGAAAUACUUUGUGUUUCCUAUUUAAAGUUUUUCAUAAUUAUGCUUUUUAAGACUAGACUACGUUGAGUAAAUUCAAUAUCCAGUUAUUCUUAAAAUUGUAUCACAAAUUUAUUUCAGGGUACAUAUAAUGAGUUCUUGUUUACCUAAUAGAAAUAUGAAAAAGUAUGUCACUAGGCACAUGCUACUAUUUGUGUAUUGAUUUGUGCUAUAAUUAAAAUUGCAUUAUGCAGUUUAACAUUAUAAGCCAUGGUAAUUUAGAGUCUUUGUGUGGUAAAAUCAUUGAAUGGAAUUUUUGUGACAGUGCAGCUAUAAAUAAACCUUAAGUAGAAAAGGGAAAGCUUGAUGCUGAAAUUAAAUUCAGAUAGGCUUAAAAGUUUAAGCUUCCCAAUACAACCAUCUUUUCUUUUAGAAGAUUUCUUAAGAUUUGAUUAAAGACGCUGAUGUACAAACUAUAGCAAGGCAGAAAGAAAGGGCUGCGGUAACAAAAUACGACAAACUGGGUGAUUUAAAACAACAGAGUUAUUGUCUCAGUUCUGGAGGCAAGAUGUCUGAAAUCAAGAUAAAUACACUUUCGGGAAAUGGCCUCUAAAUCCUGGCUGAAUUUUUUAACCUUCCUCUGUGGAUCAGCAAUAGGAUUUCUUUUAUGUUCUCAGCUAUUUAGUAUUUUGUUGGGAGAAAAGGGUGACACCCAGCCUAAUGUUCUUCAUAAUGAUCCUCAUGCAAGGCAUUCAGAUGAUAAUGGACAGAAUCAUCUAGAAGGACAAAUGAACUUCAAUGCAGAUUCUAGCCAACAUAAAGAUGAGAACACAGACAUUGCUGAAAACCUCUAUCAGAAAGUUAGAAUUCUUUGCUGGGUUAUGACCGGCCCUCAAAACCUAGAGAAAAAGGCCAAACACGUCAAAGCUACUUGGGCCCAGCGUUGUAACAAAGUGUUGUUUAUGAGUUCAGAAGAAAAUAAAGACUUCCCUGCUGUGGGAUUGAAAACCAAAGAAGGCAGAGAUCAACUAUACUGGAAAACAAUUAAAGCUUUUCAGUAUGUUCAUGAACAUUAUUUAGAAGAUGCUGAUUGGUUUUUGAAAGCAGAUGAUGACACGUAUGUCAUACUAGACAAUUUGAGGUGGCUUCUUUCAAAAUACGACCCUGAAGAACCCAUUUACUUUGGGAGGAGAUUUAAGCCUUAUGUAAAGCAGGGCUACAUGAGUGGAGGAGCAGGAUAUGUACUAAGCAAAGAAGCCUUGAAAAGAUUUGUUGACGCAUUUAAAACAGACAAGUGUACACAUAGUUCCUCCAUUGAAGACUUAGCACUGGGGAGAUGCAUGGAAAUUAUGAAUGUAGAAGCAGGAGAUUCCAGAGAUACCAUUGGAAAAGAAACUUUUCAUCCCUUUGUGCCAGAACACCAUUUAAUUAAAGGUUAUCUACCUAGAACGUUUUGGUACUGGAAUUACAACUAUUAUCCUCCUGUAGAGGGUCCUGGUUGCUGUUCUGAUCUUGCAGUUUCUUUUCACUAUGUUGAUUCUACAACCAUGUAUGAGUUAGAAUACCUCGUUUAUCAUCUUCGUCCAUAUGGUUAUUUAUACAGAUAUCAACCUACCUUACCUGAACAUAUACUAAAGGAAAUUAGUCAAGCAAACAAAAAUGAAGAUACAAAAGUGAAGUUAGGAAAUCCUUGAAAGAAAAUCAUGAAUGAACAAAGGUAAUAUGUCUAGCAUUGCACUGAAAAAGGACUUCUGCAUUUCUGACAUAGAACACUGGCAUCCCAGUGAGGAAUUCUAAGUGAACAUUCCUUAUAGAAACCUUUCACAUGAAUGACUAUAAACUGAAGCUUUAAAUGAGCUGUGAAGUGUGUUAAAAUGUGUUUUGAUACAGUAAUAUAUAAAUAUAUCUAUAUAUAUGAGGAACUUGUGUUUUUUAAAUGGUGGCCAGGUAGAGGAACUAGAAAAGAGAUUUUGUUGCCUGUUUUCUGACCAUCUGUGUUAUUGUCACUGAGAAACUAAAAUAGUAAAUUUACUAAAACUACACUGCACCAUGUUAGUGAUAAACAGAUCUGCCUUAAAGAAAAGAAAAUUUUAGAAAGAAAUAUUGUUGCUCAGUGUUGUUAAUACAGCUCAAGAAUUGAGUUUAUAUUUGCAGUAUGCUAUAAAUGAUACCCCCCUACCACACACACACACAGUUUUUGUCUAAUGAAAAUGUUGCUGUGAUUAUUUAUAAUUGGUAGUAUUUCUUCCAGAAGAAGCUAAAAUAAGACUGGCACUUACCCUGAAGUGCAUUAAUAAAACCACACUUUAAAAUUA